CGUAACGCCACAGCUUGCGUUUUCCUGUCAUGAUUCGCGUGCUGUGUGUCAGUAGCUUCCUGGUUAGGUAGUGAGUGCGGCUGUCGGUUUCUUUCGUCUACUCUAGACUACCGGCUCUGUACGAUUUUAGGAAGGCUCCGGUCGACGUUACUCUGCUGUGUACAAUUUGUGAGGUGAAAACCAGGCCCUGAGUUGCAGUAAUGGCGUCCGGAUUGCCCGCUGCAGUGGAAGCCCUUGGUCGCAUAACUGACGCUUUUAUAGAUUAUAAAAGUAGUUUAUAUGCUUCAAGAGAACUAGACAACUUUGGUGGCCCAUCCUACGCAAGGGAAAGCUCAAGUGACAGCAAAUUUUCCAGGUUUGAACCUUAUGAGUCUUAUGACUUGAGGUCUUCUCUGGUUGGGCAAGAUCUGUACAGAUCUGGCUAUGGUAAUAGUGAUCUCAAACGCAACAGCUUCGGAGAUGGUUUUGGUGAUCGCUAUGAAAACUACUGGACUCGCCUUCAUGCUUUUAAAGGUAGAAACCAGGGCAGGUCUACCUGGGAAUCACCUUACUCACGUGAAGCAUUGAGGAAUGAUUAUAUGGAUGGAAGAGGAAGAGACGAUUACUCUUCCUAUGGCAGAUUUUCUUCACCCUACAAUAAGCCUGCAGCUGUAGGCUCUCUGGGGAUAGGAAUGCCUGGUUUUCCUGGCAGUGCAUUUGGCAGCAGAAGUGUUGCUUUUGGAGGACCAUCACCAAGCAGAGGUCGUGGCAAAGGACAAAGGGGAGGAUAUGCUAUAAAAGCUGGAGCUGAAAGAGGUGCAAAACGGAAGAAUGUGCAGCCUUCCAAGCCUGCUGGAAAUCCUGUAAAGAAACAAAAGGUGGUAAAAUCUGGACUGGCUAAAACAACAAAAAAAAAUUCUCCACAAGUGAAAGAUGAAGAGGAAGUUAGCCGCCUUGAAGCACGGAAAGAGCAGCAGAGGCGCAGGAGGGAGAAGUACAUUGAGAAAUAUGGCGUUGGAUACUGGAUGGCAUUCAGAUGUUCGUUUUGCAAAUUUCGAUCUUUUGAUGAGAAAGGCAUUGAAGAACAUUUAAAUAGUGAUUACCACAAGGAAAUGCUAAAUCAUAUUCAGAAGCAAACAAAGAUUGACCAGACUGCUGUUGACUUUCUUCAUGAGAGUAUUGUAAAUAAGUACAAGAAAACAGCAGCUCGCCAAGCUUCUCAAAGUGGCUCUGCAAGCCAAGUGGAAAAAGAUGUGAUGGAAGGUAUUACGAUUGAGGAUCACAUGCUCAGAGUUGAGACGGUGCAUUGCAGUGCCUGCAAUAUUUAUGUUCCUGCUUUACGCAUUUCUGUACAGUUGCAUCUGAAAUCUUCUGAACAUUUAAAGAAAAAAGCGACCUACAGGGAACAAAUAAAACGAUCAAGCAUUUUGACCGCUACUAGUAUCUUUAACAAUCCAUUUGUGAAGACACGAUAUGAAAUGUUCUAUGAAGUAUACCUAGAGGAGUCGGGUGAAAAUCCCUUUGAGAGUCAGGAAACAGAUGUGACUGCUGAUAUGGACGCUGGCGCAGAGGGGGAUGUGUGUGUAGACACUGAAGAUGCAGAAGUAGCAGCUGAACCAUUGGAGUCAUAA